AUGUCUGCACUUCUGAGAAGCAUCUUCGAUAUCACUGAAGUUUUCAAUCAAUAUGCCUCACAUGAUUGUGAUGGGGCAGCACUAUGCAAAAAAGACCUGAAGAACCUCCUUGAAAGGGAAUUUGGAGCUAUUCUUCGGCGACCACAUGAUCCUGAAACGGUAGAUUUGAUCCUGGAACUUCUGGAUCGCGACUGUAACGGGCUGGUAGAUUUCAACGAGUACCUCCUGUUCAUUUUCAAAGUGGCUCAAGCUUGUUACUACGCUCUGGCCGAGGCGUCCGGGCUGGAGGAGGAAGCCCCGUGCGAGGGAAAGGGGGCCCCGUUACUCGAUCGCAGGCAAGAAGACCGAAGGAGGUUUGAUCCCCGGGACAGAGAGUUGGAAGAAGAACGCUGGCAGAAGAGGCAGGAACUAGAGAGGGAGCUCGCUGAGGAAGAGGAGCAGAGGGAGAAGCUAGAGAGGCGAGAGCAGCGGCUGCAAAGGCGAGAGCAGGAAGUGCGCCGCCAGGAGGAAGAGGAGCUGCAGGAGCGCAAGGGGCGAGAAAGGCGGGAGCAGCGAGAGCUGGAGCGCGAGCGCCAGCGCCUGGAGGAGAAACUGCGGGAGCUCCAGGAAGAGGAGCAGCUACCCCGGCGGGAACGGCAGGAGCUGAGGGAGCUCCUGGAGGAGGAGAAGGAAGAGGUGGAAGAGCAGCUGCAGAGGCUUAGGCGCGGGCGCCAGGAGCCCUUGGAGCAGGAGCUGAGGCGCGAGCAGGAACCGCGCUUGGAACAGAAGCUGAGGCGGGAGCAGGAAGAGAGGCGCGAGCAGGAGCUCAGGCGGGAGCAGGAGAGGCGCGAGCAGGAGCUGAGGCGGGAGCAGGAGCUGAGGCUCGAGCAGGAAGAGAGGCGGGAGCAGGAGCUGAGGCUCGAGCAGGAAGAGAGGCUCGAGCAGGAACCGCGCUUGGAAAAGAAGCUGCGGCGGGAGCAAGAAGAGAGGCGAGAGCAGGAGCUCAGGCGGGAGCAGGAGCUGAGGCUCGAGCAAGAAGAGAGGCGAGAGCAGGAGCUCAGGCGAGAGCAACUGCUGAGGCGAGAGCAGGAACCGCGCUUGGAACAGAAGCUGAGGCGGGAGCAGGAAGAGAGGCGAGAGCAGGAGCUCAGGCGCGAGCAGGAGCCGCUCUUGGAGCAGCUGAGGCGCGAGCAGGAGCUGAGGCGAGAGCAGGAAGAGAGGCGGGAGCAGGAGCUGAGGCGAGAGCAGGAACCGCGCCUGGAAAAGAAGCUGCGGCGGGAGCAGGAAGAGAGGCGAGAGCAGGAGCUCAGGCGGGAGCAGGAACCGCGCUUGGAACAGAAGCUGAGGCGGGAGCAGGAAGAGAGGCGAGAGCAGGAGCUCAGGCGCGAGCAGGAACCGCGCUUGGAACAGAAGCUGAGGCGGGAGCAGGAAGAGAGGCGAGAGCAGCUGCUGAGGCGCGAGCAGGAACCGCGCUUGGAAAAGCUGCGGCGGGAGCAGGAAGAGAGGCGAGAGCAGGAGCUCAGGCGCGAGCAGGAACCGCGUUUGGAACAGAAGCUGAGGCGGGAGCAAGAAGAGAGGCGAGAGCAGCUGCUGAGGCGCGAGCAGGAGCUCAGGCGCGAGCAGGAACCGCGCUUGGAAAAGCUGCGGCGGGAGCAAGAAGAGAGGCGAGAGCAGCUGCUGAGGCGCGAGCGGGAACCGCGUUUGGAACAGAGGCUCAGGCGCGAGCAGGAGCCGCUCUUUGAGCAGCUGAGGCGCGAGCAGGAGGAGCGGCGAGAGCAGCAGCUGAGGCGGGAGCAGGAGUUGGCUGAGGAGGAGGCACUGCAAGAAGAGGCCCGUGAGCUGGGCGAGAGCCGUGCCCUGCGGUGGCAGCGGCAGCUGGAAAGCGAGGCCGAAGCCCGACAGAGCAAGGUCUACUCGAGGCCCCGCAGGCCCCGCAGGCAGGGGCCACUGAGGCGCCGCCAAGAGCAGGAGGAAGAGGAGGAGAGGCGGCUGCAGGAGCGCGAGCAGCGGCUGCGGGAGCGGGAGGAGGACUCCCAGCUCCUCCGACAGCAACGUGAGAGGCGGCUGCGCCAGGAGGAGGAGGAUCCCCGCCUACAGGGAUUCGAGAGGAAGCGGGAGCGGCAAUUCCUCGAGCAGGAGGAGGAGCGGCGCCAGGAGGAGCUGCUCCGCGACCAAAAAUGGAGGUGGCAACUAGAAGAGGAAAGCCAGAGGCGCCGCCACGCACUGUACUCCAAACCUGCUCUACGUGAGCAGCUGCAGCGCGAGGAGGAGCAGCUGCAGCGGGAGAAAGAGCAGCUGCUGAAGGAGGAAAGAGAGGAGAAAAGACGCCUUCAGGAAGAAGAGAGAAAGUUCCGUGAGGAGGAACAGCUCCUCCAGGAACGGGAAGAACAGCAGCUGCGCCGCCAGGAGCGCGACAGAAAACUCCGCGAGGAGGAACAGCAGCUGCGCCGCCAAGAGCUCGAGCAAGAGCUUCGCCAGGAGGAACAGCAGCUGAGCCGCCAGGAACGCGACAGAAAGCUCCGCGAGGAGGAACAGCAGCUGCGCCGCCAGGAACUCGAGCAAGAGCUUCGCCAGGAGGAACAGCAGCUGCGCCGCCAGGAGCGCGACAGAAAACUCCGUGAGGAGGAACAGCUCCUCCAGGAACCGGAAGAACAGCAGCUGCGCCGCCAAGAGCUCGAGCAAGAGCUUCGCCAGGAGGAACAGCAGCUGCGCCGCCAGGAGCGCGACAGAAAGCUCCGAGCGGAGGAACAGCUCCUCAAGGAACGGGAAGAACAGCAGCUGCGCCGCCAGGAGCGCGAGAGAAAGCUCCGAGCGGAGGAACAGCUCCUCAAGGAACAGGAAGAACAGCAGCUGCGCCGCCGGGAGCGCGACAGAAAACUCCGUGAGGAGGAACAGCAGCUGCGCCGCCAGGAGCUCGAGCAAGAGCUUCGCCAAGAGGAACAGCAGCUGCGCCGCCAGGAGCGCGACAGAAAGCUCCGAGCGGAGGAACAGCUCCUCAAGCAACGGGAAGAACAGCAGCUGCGCCGCCGGGAACUCGAACAAGAGCUUCGCCAAGAGCGCGACAGAAAGCUCCGCGAGGAGGAACAGCAGCUGCGCCGCCGGGAAGGCCAGGAACAGCUUCGCCGGGAACGCGACAGAAAGUUCCUUGAAGAUCAACAGCUCCUCCGGGAACAGGAAGAACAGCUACUACGUCGCCAAGAAGAGCAGCAGCUGCGGGAGGAGCAAGAACUGAGGCGCCGGCAGGAGCGGGAGAGGAAAUUCCGGGAAGAAGAGCAGCUCCGCCAGCUGGAAGAGGCGCAGAGGCGCGGCCGAGGCUGGGAGGAAAAAGAUAAGGGCCGGCAGCAGAUUCUGGAGUCUGGCAAGCGUCCGUUUGCCGGUGUCCCGGUGCGCUCCAGCCCUCUCUAUGAGUACAUCCAAGAGCAGAGGUCCCAAUACCGUCCUUAAGAAAUGCCGCCAUAUCCCGACACUUGCCAAAGCUUCAGCAAAGGAAAAUGGGAAACACUGGGUACCAGAUGACUCAAAUGUUUUUGGUUGUGGGAAAACUCUGUUAUGUUAGAAUGUCUUUUUUUCCAAAAUCUUAAACUAUACUCAUUUCAUGUACUUUGUACUUCUACCUUUUCGUCUUCCUCAAGUAAGUCUUUACUGCAGGAUGUCUUUGCUCUUUGGUGCAGAUGUGGUGUGCAUUUUUAAAAACAAGUCAUUUAAUUUGUUUAAGGAGUUUUGUUUGGGGAACAUGUUAAUUUACUGCUUUCAGAAGUAACAAGAAUAAUCAGAUGUGAGAGUCAAAAGAAUCGGGUCUGUUUUUUAAAUGGUUGACCUAUCUUGUGGAGAAUUUAGAUAUUUUUUAGUGUUCAAGUUGGUAUUUCUUCUUGGGCCUAAAUUACAUUUAUAUUUACCUCCAAAUAACCUUUCAUCUUUUGGGCAUAAUUAGCAUAGAUUGUGAAAGGGAACUGGAUUUUUACUGUAGGGAAACUGACUUCUACAGAAACUGACUUCUAUGUGAAAGUAGUCCAUAAUUGGAAGAAAUCUCUAUUAACAUUUAGCUUUAAAACUUAGAAUUUGAUUUUUUUUUUACACUUGACUCCAUAAACACUUAAAAAUCUCAUAAAGCAAAAGUAAGGUGUUUCUCAAAAACUCCAGAACUCAAAUUUUAAAACUGUUUUUGCUGUAAUCUAUAGUCCUCAGUUCUCUUCCCCCAAUCUUUGAUAAAUUUCAGAAUAUUACUACCUUUAUUAAUUUUACCUGAGAGGAAACCUGCUUAGGAUCCAGUAGACAUCUAUCUUCCUCUAGGGCCAAUAAGAGAUCACAGAGAGCAUUUUGGGGGAGGGGAAGGGAAAAAUUUGUAAACAGAGGGGCAAGUUCCUACAGGCCCUUAAGAAGACCCAUCAGCCCACAAUCCUUUGAAGCCUAUUGAUACUACCUUGGAGACAUUCUUGUUGAAAUAAUUGGACUGUAUUAAAAAUUAAUAAUAAAUGUUUAGCAAACAAUUA